UAAAAUUAAACAAAAAAAUUUGUUCAUAGGCAGAGGAACCAUUAACUUUUAUCUAAUUUAAUUUAAAUUCGCUUGGCACUUGCUUAUAAUCUUCUAAUGUGCGUUGGAAAAGUUGUUUGAUAAUUUGGAAGGCAAAAAACAAUGUUCUAAAUGUUUUGAAUAAAAACAAACCGGAUCGAAAAAUAAGUUCAACGUUUUUGGAUGUUGUGAAGUGCAAAGCCGAAAAAUGAACAGUGACCCUAUGUUCGUUUUCAAUCCAUCUGUGGAUUAUGAUCUAAUACUCGCACUAUUUCUGGAAGAAUUUAAUACGCGUUGGGACAGCGUGACGCCAUCCCCGGAAAACGGACUCGUAGGCUUUGAAGAAGUAGCAAUAAUUGGUUCCGGUUCGUUCGGUAAAGUGGCUUUGAUAAAGGAAAGGAAAACUGGCGAUUAUUAUGCAGUCAAGCAGAUGUUAAAAGACAAAAUUGUCAAGGUGAAGGAGGUGGCGCAUGUACACAAUGAGAAGCGUGUAUUGGCCAGCAUAAAAUUCCCCACUCUCAUUUGGUUGGAAUUUUCAAGAAAAGAUUUUGAUCAAAUCUACUUGGGCAUGCCUUACAUUGGUGGCGGGGAAUUAUUUACAUAUCAUCGCAAAAUGCGAAAAUUCAGUGAAAAACAGGCACGCUUCUAUGCUGCUCAAGUAUUCCUCGGCCUGGAGUACUUGCAUUUUGUCCAUCUUAUAUAUCGUGACUUGAAACCCGAAAACAUAAUGCUCGAUGAGAAGGGUUAUAUUAAAAUAACUGAUUUUGGAUUUGCUAAGAGAGUUAAAACUCGCACCAUGACUCUAUGUGGCACGCCCGAAUAUUUUGCGCCAGAAAUUAUUCAGGCAAAACCUUAUGGCUCAUGCGUGGAUUGGUGGUCCUUUGGCGUAUUAGUAUAUGAAAUGGUAUUCGGGUCAUCACCUUUCUCGAAGUACAGUCGGGACAAAAUGGUUAUGUACUCAAAAAUUUGUGAAGGCGAUUACAAAAUGCCACAGAUCUUUAGUACCGCCCUUAAAGACUUAAUCUUCAAUUUGUUGCAAGUUGACCUGUCUAGAAGAUUUGGCUGUUUAAUUAAUGGCAAUAAGGAUAUCAAGGAUCAUGUGUGGUUUAAGGCAAUCGAUUGGUUUGCGAUACUCAAUCAAGAAGUGCAUGCCCCCUAUAUCCCGGAAAUAAUGCAACCUUCGGAUUUUUACAGUUUUGAUCGAUUCCCGGAGCACACGAGAACCCCCCAGUCAAAAUUCUGCCGGCAUUGUGAUCUUUUUGAGGACUUUUAAAUUCAUUUUAAGCUUACAUUUACUUUUAUCAUGUUUUUUAAUUUAAUCUGGCAUAUCCUGUGUUCAUUGGGAUGGCAUUAAUAGUACAUAUACAUACAUACAUACAUAUAAAAGAUCUGAUAACACAAUUGAGUUAUUUCAACAUGGAGU